CUCUGCCGCUACGAGAGGAGGACCAGAAAUCUGCAGCUCACAGAAUGAAGAGAUCAAAAUGAUGCUGCCUGUAAAAAGGGAUUAAACUCUGGGCGCCACCUCGCUAGAAUCGGCUGCUGGUGGAUAAUACAGAUUUGCCAGCGGGAGUUGAGAAAGGAGACAUGCCGUCGCUGAGCAUCCGUUGCGACGCUUGACUGACCAUGAUGAAGACCGAAUCCACAUCCAAGAGCACCGGCUCUGGCUCCACGCUCAGGAGCCCAUCCCCGCACAGAAACGCGUACGAGGCGGGGAUGCAGGCCCUGAAACCCGUCAAAGACAAUUCUGCAAACGGGGACAUGCAGGAGGGCCCCCGAGGGCGCAGGUACGGCUCCAACGUGCAUCGUAUUAAAAACAUGUUUCAGCAGAUGCAGACCACAUCCCCAGCCGAUGCAGAGGGAGAGGAAGGCGCCAGGAACAACGACAAAACGGUGCGCCUCUCUCUCCCCAGAGCCGGGAGCCUGAACGAGAACGUGGACCACAGCGCGCUGCUGAAGCUCGGAUCCACCGUGUCCGAGCGCGUCAGCAAGUUCGACACCAAACCGGAGAACGGGCACCAGCGGGCCUCAUCACCCAGCUACUCCAAGCUGCAGGAGACCCGCCGCAUCUUCGAGCAGCAGCAGGAGAGACAGCAGCAGGAGAAGCUGGCCACCACCAGAGUCCUGCUGAAGACAGACAAGGCCUCAGGCUUUCAGGAUGGCAGGUUGGAUGUGGUGGCUCGUUUCAAUGGCAGCACAGAGUCCCUUGACAGCCUGGACACCAGUGAGGCAGUGUCCCCAACAGUCAGCCAGCUCAGUGCUGUGUUUGAACGGGCAGCCGAGCUCCGGAACAACCUCCACCGCCUCUCUUCUACACCACCGCUCCCCUCCAGGGGGGUCAGCACCAAGGUGGGUGUGUUGAACUCAAAAAUAAUCACAAAGAGGGUCAGUGCCUUUGCAGCAGGCAACCAGGAGGAAGAACUAGGCAAUCUGAAGGACCAAGAGGGGCCUCCAAGGGGCCCCAGGGGGAGGGUGUCUCCCCCUUCUGAAAGCGUUAAUGGGGGCCAAAGUGCUUCAUAUAGUGAAUUUUCCAGUACUGUAGGGGAGCCAAACGAGCAGAGAGAAAAGACUGUUUCAGAUGCAGGUGUUGAGGCCAAAGCUGAGGUCACAUUUGAGGAACACUCUGGCGCCAAGCAGCCCAGCAGCAAAACACUGCAAGGUGAUAUCCACAUCUCUGCGGAGAAUGGACAAACUGCUGCUGAGAAGCAAAGCUCAAAGGGCGGCGAGAUGAGGGACGGGGAGAGGGAUGCAGAAGAAGAGGACGACAGGACGCUCAGAGACGACCAGUCGGGCCGCGACUCUGUGGAUAUCAGUACCUACAGCGCGGUCGGGGAGGACUUUGGAGGAAGCCAGGUGGAUGAAGAGGAAGAUGAGGGCGAUGACCGCUACGAGCCCGAGUCCAGCUGUGUGGAGAUUUCUGGGCUGCCUGCUGAAGAGGACCCGCCCCCUUCGAGGAAGAUCCGCUUCAGCAUGGAGCCCAUCAAGGUGUUUGCCACCUAUCCCAACGAGGACUAUGACAGGCGUAAUGAAGACGUGGAUCCCAUGGCAGCAUCUGCUGAGUACGAGCUGGAGAAGAGGGUGGAGAGGCUGGACCUGUUCCCCGUGGAGCUGGAGAAAGAUGGCGAUGGCCUGGGCAUCAGUAUCAUCGGGAUGGGUGCAGGAGCAGACAUGGGUCUGGAGAAGCUGGGCAUUUUUGUUAAGACGGUCACAGAUGGAGGAGCAGCACAUAGGGAUGGCAGGAUCCAGGUGAACGAUCUGAUUGUGGAGGUGGAUGGGACCAGUUUGGUGGGAGUCACCCAGAGCUUUGCUGCCUCCGUACUCAGGAACACCUCAGGAACCGUCAAGUUUGUUAUUGGGCGAGAGAAGCCGGGUGAACAGAGCGAAGUGGCCCAGCUCAUCCAGCAGACCCUGGAGCAGGAACGCUGGCAGAGAGAGAUGAUGGAGCAGCGCUACAAUCAGUACAUGGAUGAACAAGAGGGUGGAGAAUAUGGCACAGAUGAAGAAGAGGACGAGGACGAGGAUGUCAGUCCGCCGUAUCCCAGCGCCAUCGAGGUGUUUGACUUGGCAGAGAACGAGGACAUGUCGCCUCUGGAGACGGACCCUGAGAAACUGGCCCAUAAAUACAAAGAGCUCCAAAUAAAGCAUGCUGUGACCCAGGCUGAGAUCCAGCAGCUGAAAAGAAAGCUGCACCAUGCAGAGCAGGAGAAGCAGCGCUGGCGUAUGGAUAAGGCCCAGCUGGAACAGACCCUGCAGGAGAACAAGGAGCGUAUGGAGAAACUGGAGGGAUACUGGAUGGAGGCUCAGAGCCUGUGCCAGGCUGUGGACGAGCACCUGAAGGAGACACAGGCCCAGUAUCAGGCCCUGGAGCGCAAGUACAGCAAAGCCAAACGCCUGAUCAAGGAGUAUCAGCAGAAGGAGAUUGAGUACCUGAAGAAGGAGACCCAGCGUUGUGCACAAGUUGGAGCUGAAGCCUCCCUUCUGAAAGAAGAGUCUGGUCAACUUCAAGAGCAGGUGGCUGACCUGGAGUGCCGGGUCGAGGAGCUGAAAUCUGAACCUUUAUAAAAAAGCCCCCCCCCCCCCCCCCCCCCCGUUAUGUAUCUCAGAAAUCCGAACUCGACUAGAUGAAGGAGAAGAUAGUGUUAUUGUUCUUGCGAUGAACUGCAGGGUAUUUCUUGUCUGGAACACGAGCUUGGUUUCUGGUCGCAUACUGUAUGUCCUCAGGCUUUGUAUUUCAGCCACUUAACCCCCUUUUAACCAUGUUUUUCUGUUAACAUUUACUAGAACGUGAAGAACAGUUUUAUCACCACAAAUACAGACUCUGUUGAGCUCUAAAUGUACUGUUCCUUUUUUUUUUUUCUCAUUUUCAGAGUUCAGUAUUUAAUCCCUUAAUUUGUGGUUUUGUGACAGACCAGGCUGUUGCUUUUAAUUGCCAAAAAACAAAUUCCUUUCUUUCUUUUGCCUAGUUUUGUGACCUUUUUAUUUUCUGAGUUUGUACAGAUGUGAUAAUGUGUGGUUUAACAAUCAGUUUGGUUUGUAAAAAUUUUUAAUAUGUGUAUAACAUUUAACAUAAUAUAAACUAAUGAGAUUGAGGGUUUGUUGUAUAUUUUAUGUGAUGAAGAUGAAAAAGGACGGAUUGCACUGAAGAAGACAUCAACGAGGUGCUUCACUGGAACGGAGGAAGAAACGGGAACGUCUUCAAAAUUGUAUAAACAGUAACCCAACCUUUGUAGGGGUCUUGUCACUUAACCUUGGGAACCACCUGCUGCCUACCUUUCAGAAGUGUUAGUGUAUUUUUUACACAGACUCGUUAACGAGCGACCAAUCCUCCGGUUUCAACCCCUCACUUAUUUCAAGAAGGACCACAGAAACAAGCCUCCACAACUGCUGUGCCACAAAUACAAAUGGAUCUCUCUUUAUUUCUUUCCCCCCCCUCAAAAUGGAUGUUGUUAAGGACUUGUGUAACUGGUAUUAGUUAGGACUACUGAUAUAAGAACCAUUACUGGACUGGGCUUGUUAAAGAAGCCAUUACCAGCAGCAAAGUUAUAGAUUUGAAAAGCUUGUGUCUCUAACCAGCAGCUGCACUUGACACCGCUGUGUGUAGCACAUGGAAAACACUGCCAGGUUUAUUCCUGUUUCAAUUUCCGCACAGUUUAAAUGAAAUUGAGUCUACUUGUGUCAACUGUCAUACCAGUAUGUUUGUAUAGUUCAGGUAAGACUGAAAUAUUUUAAUUUUACUUAAUAUUUAUAAUAUAGUCAAGGUGGACAUAUGAGCUAACAAGGACAAAAACUGACAAAAGCAAUGUUCAAUAGACAAAGUUAUACUGUGUCAUGUAAAAAAGAUGUAGAUCUGGAGGACUACAAAAACAAAAUUAAGAUUAAUGAAUUGAAAAAAAAAAACAGGCAUGGUUAUGAGUAUUUUCAUAAUAUUAAGGCUUGUACAGUGCACAUGCUUUGCAUUGUAUGUUUUGUGGAAUAAAUGGUCAACAGUGA